AUGUCAAUGAAUGAUUUUCUGGUUCAACGUCUUUUGGGUCUUGGAACAUCUAUGGAAUCUGAUUCAGGGACUUCUACUGAUCAGACUUUAUCACUGAUGACAUGGCCGAAAUUGCAAUCAGGCUUGCAAAAUUUUUAUAGUAGCAAUAAUAGUAUUACAAAUUCAAUAAUGGAUUACUCAACCGCAUUACAGUUAAUGCAAUUACAAGUGUUUUGUCAGCCAAGUUUCCUGAAUACUUUUUUGAGCCAAAUGGCUGCUGUAGGAUUAGCAGUUAAUAAUGAUCAUAACAAGGUUGCGCCUCCGAUUGAAACACCAGUAGACAAUUGCGUAAAUGUGGCAGUACGUGAACGAAAACGGCUUCCAUCACGUAGCUCAGAUGAAUUACCUCUAAAAAGAUUAAAAGCACGACGUAUAGCAUUUGAUUCAGAAACAAAUUCACCUGUUUCUGGAAUGUUUAUAAAAGAGGCUUCAUCGUUACCUCCUGCUGAUGAACUUCAAGCUGCUGCUGACUUAGAUGAAACCGCCGUAUUUGUCAAUGUUUCUGAGGAAAGUCGUCGAAAGAUUGAACAAAUAACAAAUAUUAUCGGUGAUUGCAUAUGUGCCUUGUGCAAGGUUCGUUACGAUGACGUAUUUCGACUAGCGCAGCAUCGUUGUCCACGUAUAAUCCACGAAGAAUAUCGGUGCCCAGAAUGCGACAAAGUGUUUAGCUGUCCAGCAAAUUUGGCAUCUCAUCGUCGUUGGCAUAAACCUCGUGGGAACGAUUUAACUAUUACAUCUGCUGUAUCAUCCACUUCUAAAAGUAAUUUCUUAUGCGCCAAAUGUUCUAUGACCUUUGACACUAAGAAAGCCUUAAAAUUGCAUUCCACGCAAUGUUCAAUUAAUUCUUCAGAUAACUCAGAUCAUAGUAAUAAUUCUCCUUUAAAUUUAAUACAUCAAACAAGCACUUUAUUAAAAUAA